GUGAAAUGGCCCGUACCAAGCAAACUGCCCGUAAGUCGACCGGAGGUAAGGCCCCUCGCAAGCAGCUGGCCACCAAGGCUGCUCGCAAGAGUGCUCCGGCCACCGGAGGAGUGAAGAAGCCGCAUCGUUACCGUCCGGGAACCGUAGCCCUGCGCGAGAUCCGUCGCUACCAGAAAUCGACCGAGCUGCUGAUCCGCAAGCUGCCCUUCCAGCGCCUGGUUCGUGAAAUUGCCCAGGACUUCAAGACCGAUCUGCGCUUCCAGAGCUCGGCCGUGAUGGCCCUGCAGGAGGCCAGCGAGGCGUAUCUGGUCGGCCUGUUCGAGGACACCAAUCUGUGCGCAAUUCAUGCAAAGCGCGUCACCAUCAUGCCGAAAGACAUCCAGCUGGCUCGCCGCAUCCGUGGAGAGCCUGAGCGCACGCACAUGCACAUACGCGUUUCCAUACACGAGCGCUGUGCGAAUCUUAUUCUGAAGCAUACUAUCAACGCAGCCAGACGUCUUUACACGUUCCACUACCCAACCAGUGAAAUGGCCCGUACCAAGCAAACUGCCCGUAAGUCGACCGGAGGUAAGGCCCCUCGCAAGCAGCUGGCCACCAAGGCUGCUCGCAAGAGUGCUCCGGCCACCGGAGGAGUGAAGAAGCCGCAUCGUUACCGUCCGGGAACCGUAGCCCUGCGCGAGAUCCGUCGCUACCAGAAAUCGACCGAGCUGCUGAUCCGCAAGCUGCCCUUCCAGCGCCUGGUUCGUGAAAUUGCCCAGGACUUCAAGACCGAUCUGCGCUUCCAGAGCUCGGCCGUGAUGGCCCUGCAGGAGGCCAGCGAGGCGUAUCUGGUCGGCCUGUUCGAGGACACCAAUCUGUGCGCAAUUCAUGCAAAGCGCGUCACCAUCAUGCCGAAAGACAUCCAGCUGGCUCGCCGCAUCCGUGGAGAGCGUGCUUAA